AAAAAAAAAAAUAGCAAUUGGGGGGUAAAAACUGGCCAUCAAUGAGGUCGAUCUAAGAUUCUUGUACUGACUACCAAACCGACGCCACCGAUCCGAAAUCCGAAGACACUGACUCAACUGAAUUUCAAUCCAACUAUAAUUUUAGAAAAUCUACUCUGCUCUUAAACUCAAAUUCCUAAUAAUGUGACUCAAAAUAGGAAAGAUUAGAAAACAACAAUCUCACCCUCAGAUCCACACUCUGCAAAUUUGAUUCCAAGCCAUGAAAGGUCUCAACUAUGCCGAUUUCAAAGGUCAGCUAACUGUGAAGAUCGCAGCCUUUCUUUUCAUAUCCCUAACAUUCUUCUACGUGGGAAAGCAUUGGUCCGAUGGCUACCAGCAGCUCGUCUUCUACUCUACCACCGCCACACCCACACCCGCCACUACUACCCAAACUUCUUCGGUCUCGAUCUCUCCCAAUCACAACAAGUCGUUUAAUAUCUCCUCCAUUAUUCCUGAGAAUUCAGUUCCGCUGGUCUCUGAGCCUCCAGCGGUGCCUCUUCCGCCUCCAUCACCUGAACCUAUUCAGAGGUUUGGGAUUGUAGACGAAAAUGGGACCAUGUCGGAUGAGUUCGAGGUCGGGGAGUUUGAUCCGGAUGAGGUUGUGGAGAAUUGGGGGAUUGGAAAUGGAACGGAGGUUGUGAAUGACGGGAAUAAUGGUGGCUCUCGUAGAGUUCGAGUUAAAAAGUUUGAGCUGUGUUCAAGCGAUAAGAGGGAGUAUAUACCUUGCUUGGAUAAUGAGAAAGCCAUUAAAAAGCUCAAAUCGACGGAGAGAGGUGAACGAUUCGAACGACAUUGCCCGAAGUCUAGUGAGGUUUUGAAUUGCUUGGUUCCGCCGCCUAAGGAUUACAAAGCCCCAAUACCAUGGCCAAAAAGCCGCGACGAGGUUUGGUUCAGCAAUGUACCUCAUACUCGUCUGGCUGAAGACAAAGGAGGACAAAACUGGAUCUUUCGUGUGAAGAACAAAUUUAAGUUUCCUGGGGGUGGUACACAAUUUAUACAUGGGGCAAACGAAUACUUGGAUCAGAUGUCUAAGAUGGUCCCUGAAAUUGCAUUUGGUCGGCAUACUCGAGUUGUUUUGGAUGUCGGAUGUGGUGUAGCGAGUUUUGGUGCUUAUCUACUCUCUCGGAAUGUAAUUACUAUGUCAGUUGCUCCCAAAGAUGUACAUGAAAAUCAGAUUCAAUUCGCUCUUGAGCGAGGUGUGCCUGCAAUGGUGGCAGCAUUUGCAACUCACCGCUUAUUAUAUCCCAGUCAAGCGUUUGACCUAAUUCACUGUUCUCGCUGUAGAAUUAAUUGGACUCGUGAUGAUGGAAUUUUAUUGCUUGAGGUUAAUAGGAUGCUCAGGGCAGGAGGAUACUUUGUUUGGGCAGCACAGCCAGUCUAUAAGCAUGAAGAGGCUCUAGAGGAGCAGUGGAAAGAAAUGUUGAACCUCACUACUCGUCUAUGCUGGGAGUUUGUGAAAAAGGAUGGGUAUAUUGCUGUAUGGAAGAAGCCAGUAAACAAUGACUGCUAUUUAAAACGAGAAGAAGGAACUACUCCUCCUUUGUGUGAUACGACUGAUGACCCAGACAAAGUCUGGUAUGUUGAUCUCAAGCCAUGCAUUACACGACUACCUGAAAAUGGAUAUGGAGCGAAUGUCACCAACUGGCCUCAACGUUUGCAAACUCCCCCUGAUAGGCUCCAGUCAAUUCAAUUUGAUGCAUAUAUAUCUAGGAAGGAGCUCUACACGGCAGAAUACAAAUACUGGAUGGAUAUUAUAGGUGGAUAUGUACGUGCUUUACACUGGAAGAAGAUUAAACUAAGAAAUGUCAUGGACAUGAAAGCUGGCUUUGGAGGAUUUGCUGCAGCCUUAAAUGACCAUGGUCUGAAUUCGUGGGUGAUGAAUGUAGUUCCGGUUAGUGGGCCCAACACCUUGCCUGUUAUAUACGACCGUGGACUUAUUGGAGUUAUGCAUGACUGGUGUGAGCCGUUUGAUACAUACCCCAGAACAUACGAUUUAUUGCAUGCGGCUAGCCUCUUCUCUAUCGAGAGAAAAAGGUGCAAUAUAUCUACAAUAAUGCUUGAGAUGGAUCGGAUAUUGAGACCUGGCGGACGAGCCUAUAUUCGUGACUCACUCUCUGUCAUGGAAGAGCUUCAAGAGAUUGGAAAUGCAAUGGGCUGGCAUGUAACUCUGCGUGACACUGCUGAGGGUCCUCAUGCAAGUUAUAGAUUGCUUGUUGCUGAUAAACGGCUAUUACGCCCUUGAAGUUGAAGCAGUUUGGAACCAAAUUCCGCUUUCUUUUUAUACUCAAUAGAGCAUGAGAUUGGCUACACUUAGGCUUCGAAGCAAAGACAAUGCUUAGUGAAAGGGUAAAACUAUUAGUCAAAUUAAGUGAGAUCUAAGGUGAAGAAAAAAAAAUGCAACUUGUAAAAUAGUACACAUUUAGUAAAACUGUGUUUGAUAGCUAGAGCUCCAAUUUUAUUUUAUUUUAUUUAUUUUUUUAAAAUACAAGUUUUUUCUGUUAAGUUCUUGAUGAAGUGAAUCGGAAUUUCAUUCUUUCUUCUUUAUCGAGCUGUAUGUAUUAUUCCCUAUUGUUUUGUGCUUAUAAAGUUUGUUGUUAAAUGUA